CUUUCUUUUUACUAGUGCAAAGGACAAAAGAAACGCUGUCGUUCAAUUGAAAGAGCGUUUAGCGGUUGGCCGGCCACCUGAAAAUUCUGUUGGUAAAUCCGAUUAGCAACCUCAGCUCUCAAACAGCCAAAGAAAACAAAUAACGAGAAAGAGUUUGGCCCUCUCUUUCUCUGUUCAAAAUUUCAUUUUCUUCUCCAUGAAUCCAUCUUCUGCUCCAUAUCCUGAUUACUUUCAAAACUCUAACUAUCCAAUCCCUAAUUUCGUAUUCCACUCUCUUCCCCAACCACCACCACCACACAUUCCUACAAUCACCCCCACCACUCCAAUUCUUGAUCUUUCCACUACACUUUCUUCUCUCGCGAAUCUUCUCUCUCUUUCUCAACAAACCCGAAAUUCCUUAUCUUCUCUAAUAAAACCCAAUAAAAAUGUCAAGUUUAUUUCAUGUCCGUACAACCCUAACCAUCUCAUGCCACCAGAAUCUCUCUUUCUCCACUCUCUUCGAUGUCCAUCUCCUUCUUUUCAAGACCCAAUCUCUCUUGUUAACUCUCUUCAUUACCCGAAAACGUUAAACUCCCAAAACCCCUCAAACCCCCUUUUUAAGAACUCUGACAACGCUGAACUGUGCUUGUCUUUAGAUGGUUUUUACAAUGAGUUUAGUUCCAAUUUCUUUUAUAAGGAUUGCCCAGGUGCUGUUCAAUUUAGUGAUUUAGAUAGCUCAAGUAAAACUUUUCUGUUACCUGCUGUUCUAUCUGUUGAAUGUGCUAAUUUUGUUGCUAGGAUUGAGGAGGAUAUUAAAGGUUUUGAUAUUAAUGAGUUUAGGAUUUUGCCUUCUGAUUUGUGGGUAAUUAAGAGAGAAGUUGAGAGCUGGGCUGAUUAUCCUAGUAUGUAUUCAUAUGCUGUUUUUUGUGCUAUUUUGAGGUUAAAUGUGAUCAAAGGGAGUGAUUUGAGGAGGUGGAUUAUUUUCAAUUCUCCGCGUUAUGGUGUAGUGAUUGAUGUGUACAUGAGGGAUCAUAUAUCUGUGCUUUUUCGGCUUUGUUUAAAUGCAAUCAGAAGAGAAGCUUUUAGCUUUAUGUGUCACCAAAUGAAUGUGAAAACCUCGAGUUUUAACUGUCCAGUUCUGAGUCAAGUUUUUAUGUGGAUUGUGCCGCAGCUUUCUGUUUUAUAUGGUGAAAGGAAUGCGAAAUGCUUUGCCAUUCACAUUUUUAGGCAAUGUAUAUUAGAUGUUUCAAAUGGAAUGUUGUUUCCUUUGGAGGCUAAUGUGAAAGAAAUAUCAACAGAAUUAAAUGGUAAUGGGAGUGAUGUAAGAGAUAUUAAACUUCAAGAACCUCUUGAAGGAAGUAUAAAGUGUGAAACAGAUGCAGAAGUGGAGGAACAUGUCGAUAAGGAGGUGAUUUUUGUGUCCCAAGUGGCAGCUUCAGUUGCAGCAUUGCAUGAGCGGGCCUUACUAGAAGCAAAAAUUCAGGGAACACGGGAAUCUCAGUCACUACCAAGAUAUCAGCGGAUGAUUGAGCAUGAUUAUGUAUCUAAAAGAGCAGAUGAACAGCGUAAAGAGCGUUCUAAUUACAGAGCCAUUAUUGACCAUGAUGGCCUGCCCCGAAGGCAGCCAAUCGACGAGGACAUGAGCAAGACAAAGACAAGGGAGGAGAUAUUGGCUGAAGAAAGAGAUUAUAAGCGUCGGAGAAUGUCAUACCGUGGGAAGAAGUUGAAAAGGACCACUUUGCAGGUGACACGAGAUUUAAUAGAAGAAUACAUGGACGAAAUCAAACAAGCUGGAGGAAUUGGUUGUUUUGAGAAGGGAGCUGAAGAGGAAGGGAUGUCUUCUAAACCACCCUUUCCAUCUGAUUUUACUAUAGGUGGUGGUGAAUUAAGGAAAAGCAGUAGCAAGUCUUCUGAGGCAAUAAGAGCUACUCCAAAUCAUUACCAAAAACAAUCACAUAUUGAUAAUAACAACAGAUCUGCAACCUGCAAGAAUGCUUCGACUCAAGAUUAUGAGCGCUGGCGAAAAGUCCAUAAUAGGCACCAUGAACAUGUAGAAUAUCAGAGAAAGGACAGUCGAGAUAGGCAUGGCAGAGAUUACUAUUCUGCAAGUCCAGAAAGACAUAAAGGUCAUGGCCCGUUGCAUGAACAAGAGGAUGCAGAAUUCAACAUUAGCAAGCGACAUGAGAAAAGAUCUUCUGGCAAGUCCAACUAUCAAAAUUACAAGUCAUCCUGCUUUGGAUCUGAUUCAGCAAAUGAUCCUGGUGUUCAAAAGGAUGGUGACAAGUUGGAUGUUAGAGAUUGGCAUCUAAGAAACUCAUAUGGAACUCAUAGUUCGAAAUUUCUGGUAAAAAAUGCAUUUGAGGAUAGAUAUGACCCUGCAGAAUGAUGAUGCCGAAGAAGCUGAUGUACACAUUGGAUAACAAGUAUGUUAGACUAGAAGAAUUCCAUGAAUUAACUAGCUUUUCUGCAAGGGCUAGAAACAUUCCAUGAGGAGUUCCUUGGUUACUGAGAAAUUACCAAUAGUUUCUUAUGGGUAGGAAGUCGUCAGGCUUCAGCAAUGUUAUCAACACCUAUAUCCUACUCUGUAUCCUUAACUGUUCUAUUUUCUUUGUGGUUCCUUGUCAUCUAGGCAGCAACUUCUUUGUUUCCACCCGUUUACCUAUGCUAGUUUUUUUUCUUAAAGGAAAAAGUUUUAUUCAAUUGCUCAAUUUAAAGACAUUGGAUUAUCACAUUAGUUAGAUUGGCAAUUAGCAUAUACAGUAGUCGCUUCCUUAAGUAGAAAUGACAUUAAUGUGCAAGCUAUAUAGUUACUUUCUUUUGGUGUACUUUUGCUUAUCAGUGUAGAUAUAGGUACUAUUAAUGUUUAUAGCUCGGAUGUCUUGCUUGCAUUUGAAAUGAAAUAGAGUUCCUUGCUAUAUGGUGCUUGAUGGUAAGGUCAUUGAUCAAACAGAAAAAAGCAGUAUAUGACCAAUCAGCGGGGUUUUCAGGUUUCUUUGGUAAUAGAAUGGUUUCAGGUUUAUAAUGAUCCUAUAGGAGAAAGCUGAAGUUGAUUGCUUUAGUCAUUUUUAUAUAGAAUUCUCCCUACAUUUGUCAUUUUGAAUUUGCUCAUACCUCACGUUGUUGCUUGUAGAUCAGAAAAGAUUCCAGAGAAUACAGGAAGUUUAUGGGCUCCAAUUUUUGUGAAGGUUUUCCAUAUGGGGGCUCCAAGCGUCAAUAUGUAUACAUCAAGAAAGAAUUGGUGUCUUCUUUGGGAUAGAAGAUUAAAAAAAGUGGCUUAAUGUUAAUUCUUGAGAAAUUUUUUCAUCUUUUCGGAGUUUUUUCUUAAAAUAACAAAUGCCUUUUCUUCUUCUUUUA